UCAACUUCGUUAAUUUUUAUUGUCAAAAUAAAACAAUAUACAAUAGGAACAUAACCCUAGAACAUAUCUAAGUAAACUAUGAACAUUUAAAUCAUAUUUUAAAAAUGUUCAAAAUAUUCAAAGCUAGUUUUAAUGUUCCAAAGUUAAAUGGUGCUAUUAGUCUUUGCCAAUGUUACUCAAAAACUGUAGCUGUAGCACUUAAACCUAAAAAGCAAAAAUCUACACGGACGAAAACUCAAAAAUUUAUAGAUACUAAACCUGUUCGAACCAUCGCUGGUGAUGGUGGAGAUGGCUGCAUAUCAUUUUUGCAACUAUGGGCAAAUGAAAAUGCAGGCCCUGAUGGGGGUGAUGGUGGAAAUGGUGGUCAUGUUGUGUUUGAAGCAUGUACAAAUGUGUCGAAUUUGAGCCACUUAGAAACAAUAUUAAAGGCUGAUUCAGGUGAAAAGGGCAGAGGAAAAGAUUGCCAUGGUCGGAAUGCUCCUCAUACAGUAGCUAAAGUUCCAGUAGGCACAAUAAUAAAAAAUUCUAAUGGCGAUGUAAUUGGAGAUCUAAGUAAGGAAGGGACAAUGUUUGUUGCUGCUCGUGGUGGUGCUGGGGGUAAAGGAAAUCACUUUUUCACAACAGAUAUUGAACAAGCUCCACAAAUUAGUGAAUUUGGGGCUAAAGGAGAAGAUUUGCGAUAUGUUCUUGAAAUUAAAAGUAUGGCACAUAUGGGUCUUAUUGGAUUUCCAAAUGCUGGUAAAAGUACUCUUUUACAAGCAAUUUCUCGUGCUCGGCCUAAAAUAGCUCCUUAUCCAUUUACAACUUUGCGACCUCACUUAGGUAUGAUUCAAUAUGAUGAUUUUGAACAAAUUGCAGUCGCAGAUCUCCCAGGAUUAAUUGAAGGAUCAAGCAAAAAUCGUGGUUUAGGAAUACAGUUCUUAAAACAUGCAGAACGCUGUUCUGCACUUUUAUUUGUUCUAGAUGUUUCUCUGAAAGAUCCAUGGGUUCAUUUGGAUAUACUAAAAAAUGAGUUAAGGCAGUUCAGUCCAGAACUUUUAGGAAGACCUCAUUUAGUUAUUGCUAAUAAAAUUGAUAUUGAAGACUCAAAAAAUAAUUUGGAACUUCUUGAAAGUAAAACAGAUUUGCCUGUUAUACCUAUAUCAGCUAAGGUAGGCACAAAUAUUGAAAAACUUUUAAUGCAGUUAAGAAUAUUAUAUGAUGAUAUAUUUGAA